CCAGGACACGCCUCCUCGCUCACAACUGUGACAGAAGCUACGUGCAGACAGCUUAUAGUGACAAUACUCUCAUUUAUGACCCUGUUCGCCAUUGACAGGUCGUCUAUAGAUACAGUUGUUUGCGUUAAGUAGACAAAAUGACUUCUGUAGCUUUAUACACAGUAAGAUCAGCGGCAACGCUGUGUAAAGUGUACCGCUCCGCGCAUGGUACCGCUGGUUUUCACUCUUUUCUAUGCUCUAAACGUGCCUUUCUUCCGGGAGGAAAAUGGUCAUUCAUAAGAACAGGGACGAGACCAAUGUCGCAUACAACGCAAGGCUGGAUCUCAUUCAAACGUUGCUGUAAAGUAUUCCUAGCAGCUGGAACGGUAGUGGUCCUCGGUGACCUGGUUGGAGGUGGUGUGAGUCGCUUUCCGCAGGCAGAGAUGGCAUCUAAGAUAUCCAAAGUUGAAGAAGGCGAAGGGGACAUACGGGAGAGAUGCAAGACGUUCAUGUCCCCACCAGUCACUGACAUCAAGAUCCUAGAAGAGAGGAAAGAUGCGAUGUCCACGAGAAUGGAGAUGGUGAUCAUGGAAACGCAGGCUUCCUUCUGUAAAGCCCUUGAAGAAGUGGAUGGAGGCACGUUUAAAGUGGACAGAUGGAGUCGAAAGGAAGGUGGUGGAGGCAUCAGUUGUGUGAUGCAGGAUGGAAAACAUUUUGAGAAAGCGGGUGUAAAUGUUUCUGUGGUUUCUGGGUAUCUUACCGAAGAGGCCGCCAAGCAAAUGCGCAGCCGUGGAAAAGUUUUGAAAGGAAAAGAUGGGAAGUUGCCGUUCUGUGCAAUGGGUGUGAGUUCCGUCAUACACCCAAAAAACCCUCACAUUCCCACAGUGCACUUCAACUACAGAUACUUUGAGAUCGAGGAGGCAGAUGGCUCAAAGCAGUGGUGGUUUGGUGGAGGAACAGAUCUCACUCCUGUUUACAUUAAUUUGGAAGAUGCUGCACAUUUCCACAAUACGUUGAAGUCAGCAUGUGACAAGCACAAUCCUAAAUAUUACUCAGACUUCAAAAAGUGGUGUGACAAUUACUUCUACAUCCGUCACCGAGGGGAGACGAGAGGCAUCGGUGGGAUCUUUUUUGAUGAUUUGGAUUCCCCCAAUCAGGAGGAGGCCUUCAACUUUGUGAAGAGCUGUGCUAAAACUGUAGUGCCCUGCUACCUGCCCAUUGUGUACAAACACCUGAAUGACUCCUUUACCCCUGAGGAGAAGGACUGGCAGCAGGUCAGACGAGGCAGAUAUGUUGAAUUUAAUUUAGUGUAUGACAGAGGGGUGAAAUUCGGCUUGGCCACACCUGGGUCUCGAAUCGAGAGUAUUCUGAUGUCUCUACCACUUACUGCAAGGUGGGAGUACAUGCAUGAACCCGCCAAAGGCACCAAGGAAGCAAAAAUGCUGGAGGUUUUACGAAACCCUAAACAAUGGAUCUGAUUCACCCAGUCAUGAAUAAUUCCUUCAAUGGGUGGGAAAUGUGGAACGGGGAGGAGGUUUCUGGAAAAGUCUUGUGAAAUCAAAUACAUCGGCAACUCUUACGAUAUUGAAAAUGAAGAACAGUAUUGAUUAAAAUAGAAAAUGACUAAUUACCUAUUCUGACGGGACAUAUGUCACCGUUUUUGACGAAUUGAUUCUGUUUGCUGACUGAGUGCAACGCUGCUCAAUUAUCGGCUUGGCUGUAAUGAACUAUCUUACACUGCCAUUGGCUGUAUGGAUUCACCGGAGGGGCAGUGUUUGCUCUUGAGGUUGCGUUACUUAGUUACAGCCUUGUUUCUGCUUGCACUGCUUUAAACAUGACUGUAUGUGUAUUCAGAACCUAUCCAGAACGUAUGUUUAAACGUUCAUGUUUAAUGUGUGCUGAUGCUAGCGCAAAACUGUUAUUGCUUUUCUAACACUGGUUAUUGACCUGUUUUAUAUGUCUGUCUUUGAAGAAAUUCGACCCUGUCAUGAGGUUACUAACACAUCUCUAUUCUGUCUCUGUUCUGGUUCUUUUAAGAUGCAGAUAUUUUAUGCAGACAAGGUGUAUUCUCAGGAAGAUGUAAUUUUGUUUAUUAUACAAGGAAUAAAGCGACUUUUAUACAUGAAA